UCGUUGAAGCUUAAGCCAAAUAAAGGCGGUGAAUUUGAGAGCAAAGCAGCGAAUGAAUCCACUCAGAUAUUCCGUUCCGUCACAAUUCAAUCGAUUCUGUUGCCGCAAAAUAUUUUUUCCCUGAGAUACAUAAGAGUAUCAGUUGGAAAAAAUCUUCAAGCACAGAAAACAUUUAUGGAGUCAGUUAUAAAAAUUAGGCCUGAACUGAUAUAAUUGCUCCCUCGGUUAAUUUCUGUAAGUGAGAAGACAUUUGACACACACAUGCGUCCAAUUUCCGCCAAUUUGUGCUUACAAUGAGAUAACUCUUCCACAUCAUGAAGAAAAACAAUUGUUUCGGCAUGUUGCUAAAUUAUGCAUAUAGCUUCAUCGUUUAGAUUCACAAGAAGGAACUACAUAUACUCUUCAUUCAUACUUGUUCCAAACAUCCAUGCAAGUUACUUUUCUCCAGCUAAAUGAAGACUUAUUCGAUCUGAACUACAGCCUUUUCAUUUGUGUACUUGAAAAUGUUCAUUAGUUAUUCGGAGCCUGGAAGUAUAGACUUUGGACAGACAAUUAUUGGGUUUAACCUAUCCCUGGUAAAGGAUUAACCCCGGUUAACUGUUACGUAAGUGUGGGGAAUAAUACCACACUAAACACAUGGUACAAUGUUCAUCUCACCACAAAUCUUGCCUGUCAUAUUUUGUGAUUGAAUCCCCUACCUGAAAAUAUAACAAAAGCGUCACUUCUCCCUGGGCUACACAGGAAUAGAAAAAUUCCAAAUUGAUUUUAGAAGACAAUUGAAUAACGAGAUUCCCUCAGUUGGUUUAUUAUUACGAACUUACCAGGUAGAAGUCUCCGUUAUACCCAGGUUCUGAGGGGAUUUUCAUGCGGGAACAGUCAACUACAAAACAGUUCUGGGCUCCCUACGAACUCCUAUUAGCAAAUGUGGUGACAUUUUUGUAUAGUCUAUUAUUUCCCUAGUUGGUUAUAAAAAUAUAGCAACAGUUUCUGGUUAAUUACUUUGAAGCUGGAAUUGGAAAUGCGUAACUAGAAGACAACGAUUCGAACGAAGCGAGACUGUUAGCAACAGAACACUCCGAUGAUUCACAGUUUAUCAUCCGGGACAGUUGCUUAUCUUUCUUAUCAUCUAUUAGAUAUAAAAUAAAGACAGUUAACUUGCACCUAUUAUUAUCAUUACUCAGCUGAAGGUCAUCGCCCAAAUGCAGUUUUAACCGAAUCGAACGAUAUCGUGAACAAACUAUGCAUUUAUUCAAUUCAUUAAUGGAAAUGACGACAUUUGAGUUUUGGUGCAGAACCUUGGUUUUGACUCUGGUCAUUUUUCAAAGCACAUUGUCAGAAGGUACCACUCCAGUGUUUGUGAUCCAACCACAGAAUGUGAGUGCACUAGAAGGAUCCAGAGUGUCCCUGGAAUGCCGAGCAGAUGCACAACCCAUACCCACCCUCGUCUGGUUCAGAAACGAGCAGAGAAUUGUUUUCCCGUCUGUGUUCUACCGACUGGACUUGGUGGACGAUGCCCCCAACUGGCAGACCCUUGUGAUUCCCAGGGUGGGAGGGGGAGCAGCGGAGGAGACGGUAGAGGAGUUCUUCUGCAUCGCCAGUAACAAACACGGCAGCCACAGGUCACAAGUGGCACAUGUCUCACUCAGCGGACCUGUCAAAAACUUCCGUUCGUCUUUGCAAAACCAAGCAAUACCUCUCGGAGGACACACCCGGUUGCAUUGCACUUCACCGGACGACGGUGACCUGGACACCCGAAGAAACUGGUUCAAAGACAGCCGACCGAUGAACUUCGGGAAAGAUCCCAGACUCAAGGUUCUCAACGACGGAGCGCUUCUGAUCUCCGACAUUGAGGAAUCGGACGCCGGUUCGUAUAAAUGUGUCGUAAAUAGUGGUGUCGGUCAAUACGUCAAUGGUCCCGCGCAAAUCACAGUAGGUGAGUCACCGGAAAUAGUGCUGGACCCGCCGAGUGGGUUUAACUUAGACCGAGGAUCAAGUCUGGAAGUGUUUUGUCUGGGUAAUGGGAGACCAGAACCAAAAGUGUGGUGGCAGAGGAAGAAUGAGGAGAGGGUUCUGAUUGGGUCCAAAGACAGACAUGCUCUUCUGAAGAUAGACAAUGCUGACAAGAGUGACAAUGGGAAGUACAUCUGCUAUGCCAACAACACUGUCGGCCAAGCUACAAUCGAAAUAGAGAUAGUCGUAUCAGAGCCCCCUAGAUUCAUCAUUGAGCCACCUGCCUCUGAAGAGUUGUCAGUGAAUGAGUCAGUGAGGAUCCCGUGCAAGAUGGAGGGCAGUCCAACCGUGAAUGUCUUCUGGGAGGACAACGAGGGCAGUAUCAUCUUCAUGGACCAGGAGGCAGGGAACAGGAGAGUGGAUGCAGACGGUACUCUUCACAUCUCCCACUUCCAACCCAACAACAUGGGCAAGUACAAGUGUGUUGGCAAUAAUGGACACGGACAACUCACAGCCACUGUGCAGGUCACUGUAAAAAAGAUGCCCAACUUCCCACCGAUUUUCAAAGUGUGUCCCACGAAUGCGAAUUUAACCUCCAGCCAGCUCAGCUACUGGGAGUCCAUUUGUUCACUCGUGCAGCAGCCCAAACACCAAGACUCAGAGGUGAAAUUUGAUUGGCUACGAGACGGAAAGCUGCUUCCGCCCACUGACAUGCGCUUUCUCGUGUCCAAUAACAAAACGAGCAGCCAACUGCGCAUCUUUCGGUUCAAGAAGACGGGCGAGGAUGAUGGGGUCUAUACUUGUCGUGCGACAACUGAAUAUGGACAUGCCGAAUGCAGUGCCACCAUCAAGUACUCGCCUCUCAACCGCUACAGUCCCCCUGUUGCGCGUGUGCCUGGGGAGCCGUCAGCCCCCCUCGGGAUAGUGAUAAACAGCAGUGCCAUCUUAUUGGAGUGGAACAGACCCCCUCCCUCCCCAAAUGAAAUCAUCGUCUCACAGCCCCCCAUCUACAGGAUAGAAUACUAUCAUGAUGAGCUUGACUCGUGGAAGGUGGUGGAGACUGACUCUCCUUCUACCAGGGCCAUUCUGGCAGACCUCUCCUCCAACAGGAAGUAUUUCUUCCUUGUCAGGGCACAGAACAGAUUCGGAGUGGGCACACCCAGCAAGAUAUCUGAGGGACUGUUCCUCGCUCACAUCCCGCAGUCGGAGGCGGAGUUGGGUCAGCACCAGAUGUACAACAACACAGCACUGGUGCAGAAACAGAUUCUGUCUGCGGGGGUGGAACUACAAGAACCACUCCCACUCAACUCCACCGCAGUCAGACUGGCCUGGGAUGUGGCCAGGAACACACAAUACAUCACGGGAUUCUACAUAAUGUACAAGGAAAAAAGCAGUGCUUUCUCCAAGUCAAUAGCCCACGUGGACAACAGCAUAAUCAGGGCAUACGUGCUCGGAAACCUCAGACCAUUCACAGAAUAUGAACUAAGUGUGCAGGCUUUCUUCACCAUGCUUCAUCAUCAUUCAGUCGGAAAAGAAACCCGAACUGUGUAUGCAAGGACUCUUCCCGACUUGCCCUCGGAGUCGCCGACUCAAAUCAAAACAGUGCUGAGUAAGAAUCGGACGUCAUUGCUGGUCACGUGGUCUCCGCCUCCGAAACAGUACUGGAAUUCAGAUUUUCUUACAGGCUACCAGAUCUGGGUGUUCACGAGUGAGAUGGAGACCAUAAAGAACCACACAGUGGACAACCACACCAACUCGGUCACGUACCAGAUGCUGCCCAAGAUAGACGACCUCUGGUUCCAGAUAGCCGCACUCAACCAGGUCCCUGGCCACGGACUCAAGAGCCCCAUCGUCAAAGUCAACAUUGGACUUGGUGAGGAGAGUGGGUUCUGGAGUGAGACAUGGUUCGUGGCCACAGUGGGGGUCAUACUAUGGACUGUACUGAUGGUAGUGGCCUUCUGGCUCUACAGGAGGUUCCACAGGGCCAGAUACUUACACUACAGCGAGUGUCACUCUGCAAAUGCCGCCAACAAGAACAACGACAUGUCUGGCUCCAUACACAGACUUGCCCUUCAUGGACCAGAAGGGGAGCAUAGCAGGGACAGCAAUGGAGUCAGACUAUUAGGGGGUGCAGGGGUAGUGGGCGGAGGGGGCCAGUUGUCUUCGACUGGAUCUGUUCAUUGGGGAGGUACUAGACCCUGCUCACAAUGCGGGGGUCAUGUGGCACAGCAUAACACUCAGAACAUGCAGAACUGUCCCGAUUUAUUGCGACAAGGAGUGAAAACAAACCACUCGCCCCACAUUCACCCUCAUCAACACGACCACCAUCAAGGGGGGCUGCAAACGACUGCCUUCUUAACAGGGAGAUCCAAUUCCGGGGGAGAGGGAGGGGGAAACAUGACACUUCCCAGGUACAGUGACUCCUCCAAAACGAACCAAGUCGUGCGCAACAACGGAACCUCUACACCACCGAACAACUGCAACUACAAUUUCCAAUACUCCCCCACUAAUCCGAUACCUCACCCCCACAAUUCUGCCUCUGCUCUCAUCGGCCAGGCUAGUCGUGGAUCUUCCGGAACCGGGAGUCCAAGCGACAGUAGCAUAAUGCACUUCCACCACCCGAGAAUAAACACAGUGUCACAUCCAAACUUCGGCUGGACUCGUGAGUACCUAACACGCUCUCAUAGCAAAGUCGACUUCACCACUAACCCCAUAGUCGAAACACCACAGACCAAUCUAUACGAAGACCCAUGUCAGAUAACCGAAAACAAAUACCAACGUCUAUACACCCUAAACAACACUCUCGGUUCAUCUUACUCGCGGGGAUCCAAAAAGUCACGACGUCUCUCGUUAGUUCACGAGGGCAAUUAUACAACCCCUAUUAGCGAUGAAGAUGCAAUUAAUAACUCGCAAAGUGGCAGUGCCAUUGGGACGCGUCCGCGAACUUCGGCUGCGUCGCGAAGUAGUGGCGAGUACCGGCACAGUGUGUAUUACUGUUGUUCGUCUGAAUCUUCAACAGAUCAACGCAACUCCUAUGCAGAAAUACCCUUCAACCAAAAUCAACUACAAGGACAGGGCCAGGGUCACGUGAGCCCCUCGGGGUCAAAAGGGGGAAAAGGACCUUCCCCACAGCCCAAGAACAACAGGGUCAUGAUAUUAUCCCAAGAGGAGAACCUUCGCAAUUUCGGAUGUCCAAUCGCAAUACUCACCAAGCCCAGGACAACCCCUCCCCCUCGCACCACACCCCCAUCGGGGGCGGGGUCUUACACACAAAGAUCACCCGGUGGCUCUUUUCAGAUGCAGAGUGCAAUUUCCAACCCCCACUUGCAAGACCACUGUAACACAUAUGUAGCUGCUUUAUUUGUGACUAGCGAUUGUGUGGUGUUAAGAGUCCGUGGCUUAGCGAGUGGGCCGUGA